GAGUUCUGAAUUUGGUUGUGGAUGAUAAAACUAAAUAUUAAGAAUAUUGAUGCCGCUUGUGUAUUGGAGUAUCAAUUUUACAUGUGUAGUCUUUAUGUGGGAACCAUUUUUUUCUAUAUGUAAGCUUUUGCUGCAAGAUUUGAUAUGGUCUAUGUGUGAUAAAUCAUUAGUUUUCAAUCUGUGAUAUGGUCUUUAUGUGUCGUGUUUAAUUGAUAUGGUUUUCAUUUGAUAUGGUUUUUAUGUUUUUCAGCUACUCUGGUGGUCUCUGAGCACUAACAUAUAUAUUAAUCUUUAUGCGCUAAUAUCUUGCCGCCGGGAGAGGGGAAGGAAAACUCGGACAAAAGAAGAAGAAGAAAACAUGGAUUAUCCUCACAUUUGUAACAAGGAACUUACUCACAUGUUGGGUUUUCUUUUGAAGCAAAUGUCAAAGAAGAAUUCCAUAUUUCAGAUGCUGAUGAUGAUGAAGAUGCAGCAUAUUUUUGAUCUAGAAGGUUAUAAUCUGAUUGCAUACUCAAGGCAUUGCAUGUCAAUCCCGCUUCUGGUGUAUCUAUUAAUAAAGGUUAUCAUCGUCACAUUACAUGUUGAUCCUGCUUCCGGUGUAUCUAUUGAUAAAGGUGCUAAAGUCUUGAAGCCAUCUGUAAGGUAUAUACAAUCACUCAACCACUUACUGUUACUGUUUGUUUUGUUUGUUUGUGGACAUUGUUGAGUGUUCUUUAUGUUUCUAAUAUCAGCGAUGACUUCAUUCACAUAUGCUAAGAUUCUAACGUAUUAGGUGAAUUAGUGCUUCUAUAUGUGUGGUGGGUCAAGAUGGAUUCUUAUAUUUUCAAACUAAGUGGGCUCCCAGAUGGGUAGUGAUUAUGCACUUUGAAUUCUCAUAGAUCUUUAUUAGUUCUAACUUCUAAUUAGUCAACCACAAUAUAUAAUAGACUUUUUGCAAAUGAACUGCUCUUUUUGAUAAACACUUGUAGGUAGGACAAUAGAUGACUCCAACCCUUUGGCUUCUAACUAAAUGAUUCUGAAAUUCUAUAAGAUUUUGAAAUUCUGCUACCACAAUACACACAAAUCCUCAUGAAGUGAUUGAGAACAAGAGAACAAAUUAACAUAGUGAUUGUUUAUUUUUAAAGGACAUCACUAAUUCUUUCUCUCAGAUGAUGAUGGUAGCUAUGUUGAAAAAUAUUGAUUUUUGAUUUUAAAAUAUGGACAUAUCAAUUCCUCCCAAUAUCAUUGAGCAGACAAAUGUGAACAUAUCAGCCCAAUAAUAAUCUUUCCUAAGACAUUUACCAACCUCCAAUUGAGAGGGAAAUAGCCUUCAACUUUCCAGGUGACAUCAAAUGGGGCACUUGCAGAAAAGAUAACCUUAUUUUCUUUUCAUCUAGACUGACAUUUUUAAGUGGUUUGUUUUUAACUUGAACAGUAUAUCUUUUGUAUGUU